AUGCGGUCACAGCUUUUACAUGUGUAUGAUGUUGCAGAGGGGCGAAAAAGAAGACGUGAAAGAAGAGAACAGACCUGUUUUUCUAACCUGUGUGUGUGUCUGUGUGUGUGCGUGUGUGUGUGUGUGUGCGUGCGUGCUUGUAGUCAUAGAGACCUGAAGCCUGAGAACCUGCUCCUGGAUGAGAAGAACAACAUCCGCAUCGCUGACUUCGGCAUGGCCUCCCUACAGGUGGGGGACAGCCUGCUAGAGACCAGCUGUGGAUCUCCUCACUACGCGUGUCCAGAAGUUAUCAGGGGGGAGAAGUAUGACGGUCGCAGGGCAGAUGUGUGGAGCUGUGGCGUCAUCCUCUUUGCACUGCUGGUGGUAAGAUCCUCUUCCUCUCCCUCCGUCUCUUUCUUCCCCUCUAUGUCUCUAGAAGCAAUACAAAAACACUCCUGGUAUCUUGGUGGUCGUAACGAGCCGUGUCCGGAGCAGCCUCCUCCCAGGCGUGUGUGUGUGAAGAGGAUUGUGUCGCUGACCGAGCUGGACCCUGAUGUACUGGACAGCAUGCACUCGCUGGGCUGCUUCAGAGACCGGGGGAAACUGACCCAGGACCUGCAGUGUGAGGAAGACAACCAGGAGAAGAUGAUCUACUACCUCCUCUUGGACAGGAAAGAGCGUUACCCCAGCUGUGAGGACGAAGACCUGCCGCCCAGGAACGAUAUAGGUCUCCCAGCAGAUCCCCCUAGGAAGCGGGUGGACUCUCCCAUGCUGACCCGUCAUGGCCGGUGCCGGCCGGAGAGGAAGAGUYUGGAGGUGCUGAGUGUGACGGAGCAGGGCUCCCCAACACCCACGCGCAGGGCGCUGGACACCUCCGCACACAGCCAGAGGUCUCGUUCAGUCAGUGGAGCUUCAACAGGGCUCUCGUCAAGUCCUCUCAGCAGUCCCAGGAGCCCAGUUUUCACUUUCAGCCAAUCAGAAGUCACCUCCGCCUCCACCACCCACUCCAAAGACCCCAAACCAGGAAGUGCCACCACUCCCCGGCCGUCACAACGGAUGACUGUGCCCGACCCCAAAACCCAGACCCUGCCCUCCAAAGGGCUCUCCGGUCGCACUCACCUCCUAUCCAUGAAGUCACUACCUCUCCAAGCUCCCCCCUCGCCGUCCCCCUCACCCAUUCUCUCCCCCAUCCCUCGCUUCUUCUUUUUCCCCGCCCCCUCUGUCUUUAAGUCGGUCACUAAGAGCGUCUAUCCUAACUCUGCCCCUGUGCCACAGGUCACCCCUCAGGGGUCUCCACUCCCCACCCCCCUAGGCACCCCCGUCCACCACCCCCAGCCCACCCCUCCCUCCUCCUCCUCUUCCUCCUCCUCCUCRCGGGCGGAGGGAGGGGGCGGGGGCGGAUCCCUCUCCCUAACUCCACCCUCCAGCCCCGGAGGCAGCGGGGGGAUGGCCGCCAGUAGCUCCGCCCACUGGAGGACACGCCUCAACUCCUUCAAGAACAACCUGCUGGGUUCGCCACGCUUCCACCGACGCAAACUGCAGGUUCCAACACCGGAGGACAUGUCAAGUCUAACUCCAGAAUCAAGCCCGGAGCUGGCCAAGAAGUCGUGGUUUGGGAACUUCAUCAGCCUGGAAAAGGAGGAACAGAUAUUUGUUGUCAUUAGAGACAAACCGCUUAGUUCCAUCAAAGCUGAUAUAGUCCAUGCCUUCUUGUCUAUCCCGUCCCUGAGUCACAGCGUCAUCUCCCAGACCAGCUUCAGAGCAGAGUAUAAGUCCUCUGGUGGCCCCUCCGUCUUCCAGAAGCCUGUUAAAUUUCAGGUGGACAUCGCCUUCUCUGAGGUAGAGAGGGAGAGAGAGAGGGAGCGAGCCGAGAGGGAAGGAAAGAGGGAAACUGGCAUCUACAGCGUGACGUUCACUCUCAUAUCAGGUCCAAGUCGCAGGUUCAAGAGAGUGGUGGAAACAAUUCAAGCCCAGCUACUUAGUACUCAUGAUCAGCCAUCUGUGCUGGCACUGGCUGAUGAGAAGAAUGGGCAGCUGACCUCGCGUCCGCCCGGCACCCCGACCCGGCAAAACUCCCGACGUUCGGAAGGAGGCGGGGACCGGGGCGAGAAGUGUGAGCGUGAUGAGAAGAAUGGGCAGCUGACCUCGCGUCCGCCCGGCACCCCGACCCGGCAAAACUCCCGACGUUCGGAAGGAGGCGGGGACCGGGGCGAGAAGUGUGAGCGUGGUGACGCAGGGAUAGGGGGCAGCGGGAGCGUGCUUCAGAGGAAGGGCUCGGGCAAAGACAAGACCAGACUCCUUUCCUCCAACGGGACACAGUCUCAGCCCUGA